CGUAGAAAUACAAAUCGGGUUGACCCGGUUAGACUGUAUAAAUGACGGUUUUAAGUCGUUGAACUGAAACCCUAACAGUUUUGUUCUUUGAGUCAGAAACCCGCAAGGCAAUUGCUAUGGAUCCCCAACCAGAACCAGUCAGCUACAUCUGCGGAGAUUGUGGAAUGGAGAACACGCUGAAGCCAGGUGAUGUUAUUCAGUGCCGUGAAUGCGGUUAUCGUAUCUUGUACAAGAAGCGUACUCGCCGGAUUGUCCAAUAUGAGGCACGGUAAUCGCUUGUGUCCGGAAGUAUUGAAGCAUUCCAUGUCCUGUUGGAAGUCCCCGAUGGCUUGUAGUAUGCCUAUAGUGUCUGUAACGAACUUGUUUCUACCGGCAUUAAGACUUUCAAUGGUUGGAUGGUGAAUCGGUAUAACUACUUUCAUGUUUCGUGUGUGUUCCAUGAUGCAAGUGUGUGGUGUUAAUGCAAAUUAUUAAUUCUGAAACUUCAUUGAAACAACAGUUAAAG